AUACCUACGUCAAUAUGUCGUCCUUCUUCAUAAAGAAAAAAGGAAACCCGGUAGUCACCGGAAAAAGCGAUAAGUCUGCUGGUACCAAAAGAAAAACUGAUGGCCUUGCUGGAAAAGGACGGUCUAAUAAGCUCAACAAACGACUCAACGAAGAAAUAUCGAGUGAAUCUGAAAGUGAGAUUGAACCUGUAGAAAACAGAAAACGGAAAGAUAACGUCGAGGAUGAGAUAGAGGAAACUCCACAGGAGAAGAAACUACGGUUAGCGAAGCUUUACCUGGACCAACUCAGAGAGGAGGAAGAGAAAAGGGCGGAAGAGGAGUCGUUUGAGUCGGAUUUGAUUGCUGGAAGACUACAGGAGGAUGUGCUGGAACAGAAAGGCAAGCUUCAGAGGCUAAUAGCCAAAGAUCUCCUCCCCCCAGAUGCCAGCGAAGUGAGGUUGUUUAGGGGGCACAAGCUGUCAGUCACAUGUUUGGUCAUCACCCCAGACGAAAAACACAUUUUCUCUGCAAGCAAAGACUGCUCCAUCAUCAAAUGGGAAGUGGAGAGCGGGAAGAAGGUGCAUAAAAUCGCCGGCGGGAGGAAGGGAACGGAAGAUCGACACACGGGACACACGGCUCACAUCCUGUGCAUGGCGAUCUCAUCAGACGGAAAAUACCUGGCCACAGGAGACAGGAACAAACUGAUAAUGAUCUGGGAGGCAGAGACAUGUAAACACCUCUACAAAUUUACAGGACACAGGGACGCCGUGUCGGGCCUGGCGUUCAGAAGAGGUACACAUGACCUGUACAGUGCAUCUCAUGACCGAUCGGUCAAGGUGUGGAAUGUGGAUGAGAAUGCGUAUGUGGAGACAAUGUUUGGUCAUCAGGACGUGAUAACAGGACUGGAUUGUUUGAGUCGCGAGCGCUGUGUGACGACCGGAGGCAGAGACAGAACUGUCAGGGUCUGGAAGAUUGUGGAGGAGUCACAGCUUGUCUUUCACGGGCAUCAGGGCUCCAUCGACUGCAUCCAACUCAUUAACGAGGAGCACAUGGUAACUGGCGGCGAUGAUGGCUGUGUGUCCAUUUGGAGUGUCGGCAAGAAGAAGCCGUUGGCCACGGCGAAGGCGGCUCACGGUUGUCAUGGUGACCCAGGACUGGAACAGCCCUGCUGGGUUUCCUCUGUCGCAGCCCUGCACAACUCUGACACAAUGGCCUCAGGCUCCCAUAAUUCAAUGGUGCAGGUGUGGAAGUGCGGGCAAGGCUUUCGCGACCUGGAGCCCCUCUUCACUGUCCCCGUGACUGGGUUUGUGAAUAGCUUAAAGUUCUCCAGUUCUGGAAAGUUCCUUGUGGCAGGAGUCGGACAGGAGCACAGACUUGGCCGGUGGUGGCGACUAAAGGAGGCAAAGAACGGAUUGUACAUCAUUCCCCUGAAAAGAAAAACAAACUCCAAUCAAGAGACUGGCCAGUUACCCGAUGCUGAGAACGAACGAACGAACGAGUGAAUGAAUGAAUGAAUCUCAGGGCAGGAGAAGUU